AUGCCUAGAGCAAAUCCUUUUCUUCGCCGUGCUUCUUCACCAGGAACCAUUCAUCAACACAACAGCGAGAACACUAAAGAGCAUUUAGCAGCACCUUCUUUGCCUACACAACCAGUCAAGUUGCCACAAGCAUCAUUAUCUGAUCCUGCGCUCAAGGCACCUGUAGCUCGACCUUCCACUUUUCGCAACACACAAUCUCGUUCAACAAGUAUUCGUCCUUCACGUUUUAUUAAAGCAACCAUACCUACAUCAUCAGUUUCCUCACCCAUUAUGCCGCUAGAUGAUACAACAAGUAGUACUGUAUCAUCGUCUUCUCAUAUGGGUAUGCUUAUUCGAUUGUUUGACACAUUCACGCAAAAAAUAUACAUUGAGGGAUACUUAAUGAAGCAUCAGCAUGACAAUAAAAAAGCACGCACAAAGAUGUUUGUCGAAUUGUCUGGAUCUACGUUGACAUUGUGGGAUACUGAACUGCCUGGAUCAGCCAUCAUGCCCACUUACUUGCAUAUCACAGAUACUACUACUGUAUAUUCUUCCCCUAUUAUAGACAGCUACAACAAAAAGAAACAUAUAUUUGUAGUACAGAACAACAAAGCUGCAAUCUCAUUCGAAACAUUUGAUGAGCCAACCAUGAUACGAUGGGUCAGUGCAAUACGCUUGUGCUCCUUUGAAAAGCAAAAAUUACACCAGCUAUUUACACUUAGACUACUUUUGCCACAUGCAUCUACAUCCACUGCCGAAACGAAAGCAGGUACUUUUCUUCAAGUCAGAUUACCAGGUAGUACUAUUUGGCAAAAACACUGGGUCGUACUAAGCGAACAACAUUUACCACAACGCAAUAAGCGCUUUCUCAGAAGACCUUCCUAUGUCACAGCAGAAAAUCAGCAGAAAAUCUUACUUUAUGAGACAAAGAAAUCAAGAACACCCCUUUGCUCCUUUUCAGACAUAAGUCAUGCUUAUGCUGUCUAUCCUGAAUCACCUCAACUGAUAGAAAAAGGCUCUAUGAUUCAUGUCUCUGGCCUCUCGAAUAAGACGCAAGAGCAAGUAGAGUGUUGGUUUAUGGCUGAUCAUAGUCAACUGACCAUCCAAUGGUUACUAGCCCUCUAUGAUACCUUCAAACUAUAUGGUCGGCCUGGUUUCUUGUUAGACGAUGACAGCAAUCCAAAGGCUUUAAAUUUUGGUGAGCCUUGUCAAGAUAUGAGUACGACAGUAUAUCCAAAGCUAUUCCUAGAGACAAACGAUGUUAUUCAAACAAUGGUUGCGUCUAGCAUUCCAAAUCAACAAAUAGAAAGCAUAUUUUUGAGUGCCAUCAGAGAUAAAACACAACAAACAGAAAAGUCUGAACGACCUGCAGGUAUUAGAGCUAAUAGCUUGCCGUUAAUUACUGUCAUUACACCACCCGAUGCAGAACAACCAAAAGAGGAAGAAGCUUUGCCUGCUCCAUUUAAAUUUGCUCGCCAAAUAGCUGAUUCAAGUGAUGAGAGUAGCGAUGAGGGAGAAGACGAAGCUGACGACGAUGAAGAUCAAGAUAGUGAUGAUGAACCUAUUGGCAAGAAGUCCAUUAAUGAUUUAGAAGUCGCAACAGAGGGUAUGUCCUUGUCUCCUACAGCAAACAAAUUGUUUGCUGAUAAUCUGAUUCCCGACUUUGACUUUGGUAACGGUUUCGACGUACCCAAGAACAUCAUGGCAGCAGCAGUAUCUGCAUCACAAACACUGCCUACUCGUGGCAGCCGUCAACAAGGAUCUCGUCACCGUAGCUCAAUGACUUUAUUCACUGAUCCAGCCUCUGAAAGAGACCAAGGUAACUCUUCUCUGCUUCAUAAGCGCAAAGCAUCUAUGCCUAUUACUACUGCGUCUACUAAAGAAAGGUCCUCUUCUUUUUCGUCUGACUUUUUCUCAAGUAAUGCAUCCCUUUCUCCUCCUACUCAUGUGCGAGGAGCUUCAUCAUCUUUGUUUGGUGAUUUUAGUCUAACCACUAAUUUUGAUAAAUUUCUUGACGAACCCCUUGACUACCAUCGCAAGUUUUCGUUACCCUUUUCACCCAUGGAGUCAAAUAGCCGUUCCACAUCAUCCAGUAACCAAUUCAAUGAAUGGGAGGACUUGGAAGACGAAGAGGCAAUGGACAACAAAUCAUCACAACAACCCUAUCAUAAUGAAGAUGAUCAACAGUCGCUUUAUGAAUUGAACGGACCUAUGAUUCCUUCAUUAGGCGAUCAUUUUGCACCACAGAACAGCUUAUUAGAUACAUAUCUAGGAGAUCAACUGAGUGCAAAAGAACAAAUUGAGUACGCUAAAGCCACUGGACAGCCCUUGAUCCAAGUAUCGACUAAGAAGGAGAUUAGCAUGCCUCAAGGAGGCUUGGUUGGCAUGAUUUCUCAAAGGGAAAAAGACCGCAAAGAAGGCACGGGUUUACGUGUUGCUGAGCGAGUGAACAAACACCAUGCACAGCAAGACCGGUUUGAAAGAGAAAAGGAACUUAUGCUGUUAGAGCAAAGGCAGCAACAGAUUAUGAAGCAUCAGAUGAUGUUGUAUGCAAAUGGAUUUGGAGUGCCUCCUAUGCCCGCAAUGCAUCCUCACCCAUUCAUGAUGAAUCCAAUGCCCAUAACACCUUUAAAUAUGGCCAUGUUACAUCAACAGUCCACAAAUGGUUUAUGCUUAACACCACAACAAUAUUCACCCAUGAUACACAGUGCACCUUCAAGUCCGUAUAGAAAUGGUCCUAUUCGAUCCCCACCACUACACUCUCCUACUAUGGGCUAUUUUGGUGGCUUGCCUCAAUCAGGCCCUGGAUUAACUACACCUACACUUCCUCAAGGGCGCAAAUUUUCUCGUCCUCUUUUGGAUGGAAUUGAAGAGCUGUCAACAAAUAGAAAAAGCCCUGUUGCAUCCACAUCAUCCGGUACUAGUAGCAUUCGUAUAUAA